AUGUCUACCACGAAAUUCGAUGUUGUCGAGCAUUCGCACCGACGUUUCAACCCACUAUUAAACUCGUGGGUACUUUGUUCUCCACAUCGCACAAAGAGGCCUUGGCAAGGCCAGGUGGAAGCGGAAGCACAUGAUUUUUUACCGGAAUUCGAACCUAGCUGUUAUUUAUGUCCUGGUAAUGCUCGUGCGCAAGGUGGUGUAAAUCCAAACUACGAAAAUACAUUUAUUUUUGAUAAUGAUUUUGCGGCGGUUCGUAAGGAACAACCUGAAUUCUCUAAUUCUUCCAUUCGAGAAAAGUUCUCUUCGUUGUUACGACUAGAAAGUGUUCGAGGAGAAUGCAAAGUGAUUUGUUAUUCACCAAAACAUAACAUUACCAUGGCAGAAAUGACCGAAUCUUCAAUUCUUGAAAUCAUUAAACUUUGGAUUUUAACUUACCUUUCAUUAUCAAUACAUGAUCACAUUUCCUAUAUACAAAUAUUCGAGAACAAGGGUUCAAUAAUGGGAUGUUCGAAUCCCCAUCCACAUGGUCAGAUUUGGUGCACUUCAGUGAUUCCCGAAGAACCUAGUAAAGAAAUUUCGUCAAUGAGUUCAUAUCAUGAUUCUCAUGGAUCUUGUCUGUUAUGUGAUUAUGUUUCGCUAGAAACGACAGUGUCGAAUAAUAUUACGAAUGUUAAUCCUAUUAGUGCUGAAAGUAAUGCAAAAUCGAAUAAUGAAAAUAACUCGAGACUAGUAUGUGAAAACAACUCGUUUGUCUGUCUAAUACCAUUCUGGGCAAUCUGGCCUUUUGAAACGAUUAUUAUUUCCAAACAGCAUGUAACCAAGAUCACGGAUCUGAAUGAACAACAACAAUCAGAUUUCGCGAAUAUCAUGAGACGAAUUACAUGUAGAUAUGACAACCUAUUCAAGUGUUCGUUUCCAUACUCGAUGGGUAUACAUCAAGCACCAGUUGAUAGCGCAGUACAUGAUCUUGAUUCGCAUUUACAUGUGCAUUUUUAUCCACCGCUAUUGCGUAGUCCGACUAUCAAAAAAUUUAUGGUUGGAUACGAAUUAUUAGCCGAACCGCAACGUGAUCUCACUCCUGAACAAGCUGCCACGAGAUUAC